UCUCUCGGUUAGAUGGUGUCUUCCAAGAUGGCGGUGAAAAUUUUUAUUUUGCAGACGAAUAAUUUUGAAUGCUGAGAAUUAGCAAGAUUUUGACAGUACAGCUCAAAGUAGAACCAGACAACAUACCUCGUUGCACUAUUUAGAUGUUGAAUUGAAAAUCUAUACGUGGUUGGAUAAGAUAUUCCACCAUGAUGCUGACAGUGGUCAUCAUGUCCAUGGUACUGGGAGCCAUGGUCCUGCUGAUGGUACAGGGACUGCUGGCCUACUGGUACCUGAAGAGGCAGCCUUUAGCAAAGAAACCCAAGAACGAACAGUACGAGAAAGCCAGGCUGCACGAGAACCUUGACAACCUUCUGCACGACCUGACGGACCAGACGAGUAAGAAGUCGUCGGAGUCGUGCAAGUGGAUCAACCUGAUCCUGGCCUUCUUGUUCCGCGAGCUGAAGGACACUGGCAGGAUCCGCCGCUGGGUCAACAAGAAACUGAGUGUGGAGUUCGCUGAGCUGGUGCAGAGCAAGACGGCAGGGAGGGUGAUGGAGAGAAUCAGGCUGAGAGACUACUCCUUUGGCACUACCUUCCCCAUCAUUGAGAAGGCCACCAUCAUGGAUGUUAAGCAGUCUAAGGAUGGCAUGCCUGAGACCAUAGACAUUUCCCUUGACGUUGACUACAAGGGUGGGUUCCGCUUGGCUGUUGAUGUUGACCUUGUGUUUGGGAGGACAGCUUACCUGUCUGUCAAGGUCACUAAGCUGAAAGGUCGUGUCCGACUGCAGUUCAGCAGAGAGCCCUUCUCCCAUUGGUCCUUCUCUUUCUAUGAGGAACCAGAGCUGGAAUUUGAUGCCCAGUCCCAGUUUGGUAGCCGAGUCUUCCCCCAAUUAACCUCCAUCAUUAUCAACCAGAUCCGCCGUUCCGUCCGUAAGAAGCACACCCUGCCGUACUACAAGCUGCGCUUCAAACCGUUCUUCGACUAUCAGGAGCAGCUGAAUGCUCCCGACGACGUCUAUCUCCAUGACAACAAGGUCACGGUGGGUCAGCUGGAGGUCACCAUCGUGGAGUGUAGCCGUCUCCCACGGGUGUUCCCAGACUGCGUGGUGUACUGCACGCUCUGUAUAGAUGAGUCCACCUGGAACCAGUGGACAGGGAAGAAACGGUCCUUCUGGUUUGCCCAGGAUGUGGAGCUGGCAAAGGGGGAGUCCAAAACUCUGGGGAUCGCCUUCAGAGAUGAGCCCAUAGAAGGGUCCAUGUACCAGCAGGUGGUGGUGGACAGGAUCGACCCCAACACUCCUGCCAGCAGGGUGGACAUCCAAAAGGGUGACAUCCUGCUGACAGUGGGAGGAGUUAGAGUCAUGAAUGUCAGUCAUGCAGCUAAACUUAUCCGCCAAGCAGGGGACAAAAUGGUAUUGCGUAUCGAGCGUCACCUUUCUCACAACGUCACCUCGGAAACUCUGCAAGGUCCCCAUCAGACAUAUGAGGAGGACACAGUCAGCCUGAAGGGCAUGGAUGCACUCGACAUCGACCAUGACAACUUCCCCGACUCCGACUCAGAAAAUGAAGAGUACAUCAACAUCAGCAUCAAAAACCCUGCUGUGGAGGGGAGGGGCAUUUCCAGUAGAACAGCACAGCAGAAGUCGUCUCCGUCCAAAACCAAGGCGAACAUUUCGCCACUGCUGAGUCGCAAGCUUGGGUUGGGCGGUAGUCAGCAGUCGCCCACCUCAUCACCCAAUAGGGAGCCUGGUGUGAAAGCUGCUGCGGACGAUGCGAGCAAAGCAACUGACGCUUCUCAUGGUGCAAACAUUCCUGCCAUCAUGGUCACACGAGAGGCCCUUGGAACUCCGCGGGGAAGGUCGCACUCUGACGGGAGUGAGCCGGUACACGACAUGGCCCUGACCGAUCCUCUUCAUGGAGUGUUUGCGGGAGGGGACGUGGAUGCUGCUGGGGCCUCGCACCCUGCCCAGGCUGAGGAGGACGCCACCAAGAUUGAGACCAGGGCUACCAGCCCUGUUACUGCUUCUCAAGAACUCUCCUGGGAUGAGACAUUUAUAUUCGACAUCGAGGAUAAAGACAAGUACUUGAACUUCUGCAUCUGGGCUAAAGGAGUGGAGAAGGGAGACAAAGAAGAACUCAUCGGACAUGUGAGCAUCUCCCUGAUGGAUGUGGCGCUGCAGUGCCUGACUAACCUGUCUGGGGAGUACCAGAACUGUUACCUGCUGGAGCCACCUGAGAUCAGGGCUGCUGCCAGUCGCCACCUUGGUCGCUCCGGCUUGGCGACCCACCCUGGCUUUAACGCUCGUCUGUGCGGAGGGGACGUCACGCUGCGUUUCCACCACACACCCAACAUCCAGUGUCACGCCGAGGGGGAACAGCACACAGACAACAAGAAACCCGGCUCCCGCAGGACCCAGGCCAUCCGGCGCAAGUCUGCCUCCGCACUGGGGAUAGCAGGGCUGGGGUCAGGGGUCAGCAGCAUCCAGACUGUGAAACAUGAGUUUGAAGAGAAACAAUUUACAUCUAGGGACACAAGAUGUGACUACUGCAUGAAAAAGGUUUGGACCAAAGUUGCUGCCCAAUGUAGACUAUGUUCCUAUAUCUGCCAUAAGAAGUGUAUUGAAAAGUGCCAAGCUGUGGCCAACUGCUCCAAGGCGCUUCUCCUAAGGAGCAUGAUUGCAAAACAGCCCAGACAGCGUACAUCUCCCCUCCAUGCCAGGAAGCCGACCACCCUGCACACUGUGGGCAGUGCUCCUCAGCUGGUGCCUAACGCUAGCACUGCACAUCACGCCUCACCGGGCUCCUCUCCCCGUGCAACCCCCAGCCACUCCCCGGCCGGCUCCCCCACCAUGGCGCGCCGCUACCUGUCAGGAGAGAUGUUCCGCGAGACCCAGCUGUCGGAGGCGGCGGACAGCAGUGACAGUGACAGCAUCAUGCACAGCAGCCGCACGCUGCGCGAGAAAAUCCUGCAGACACAGAAGGAGGGCUGCGACUUUGCCAACGUGGACGUGGACACGCUGAUCGUCACCGCGGCUAAAGAGCUGGGGAGAGAUCUGUACAGUGAACUUCCUCAGGAGGAGCGCAGACAGAAGCUGGAUGCCAUGAUCAACAAGCUUCAGCAGGAGAUUGACAUGGAAUCUGAGCACAAACUGGAGCUGCACAGAGAGGAGAAGGAUGCCCCAGAUCAGCAGAGUCAGAGACGUGUGUACAAAGCAGGCCAGUGA